AUGGGCCUCGUUGAGUACUCGGACUCGGAAUCCGACAGCGAUUCCCCUCAGACCUCGCCGCCCGCAGCUGCAGCCGUCGCUGUCGCAUCCCAACCCGCCAAGAAGCAGACCUUCCAGAAGCUCGUCGACAAGUCCAACCCGGGCAAGAUCCUCGUCAACCUUCCCUCCGCGCCCACUUCGUCAGACGACGCCGCCGCCAGCGAAGCUCCGGCCGCAAAGCGGCUCAAGACCGGUGCCAGCAGGUUCAGCGGCUUCAGCUCAUUCCUACCGCCGCCCAAGGCCUCGAAUUCGCAACCCCGAGCAGGAAACACCGGCAGAGCUGCGCCGAGAGUUGGCGUCAACUUGAGGACGAGCUCCGAGGCUGCCUUCAGCAGAGACUUUGUUGAUGAAAGCGACGAUGGCAUCGCGAACACGGACAGAUCGGCCGACGUGGGCUCCGGCUCCGGAUCCGGCUCGAGCUUAAACCUGCCGCCACCCAAAGCCACGCCGCCAGCACAACCGUCUGUACCACAUGGGCAGGUGUCCGAGGAUGAAGUCAAGCUUGUGGGGAAGCCCCUAAUGUUCAAGCCGCUCUCUGUCGCCAGAAAGCCCGGCAAGAAGCUCGGAGGACCCAAGACCACCGUGGCUGCUGCUUCAACGACAGCAUCACAGGGCGGCGCGCUGAAGCAACCAUCAAAUGUAGGUGCCUCGGCGCCACCGGCGAAAGAAGAACCACAGGCGGCGCCACCGAUCAAGAAGAAAAAGAUCUCGCUGUUUUCAGUAGCAGAAGAUACACCCAGCGCGGGGGCGGCGCUGGAAGAGAGCACAUCCUACGAGACUGAGUCGUCUGGCCAUGACGUUGGCACAUUCGCUGAUGGCGCUGCAUUGUAUGAUUACGCCACCCAGCAGCACCAUCAGCAGCAGUACGCGAGCUACUCCGAAUCACCGGCACGGCCAGCUGGCCACCCAGACCCCACCUCUCUCGACUCGAUAGCGGACGACCUAAAUCUCGGCCCAGCAGCACGGCGGGAACUCUUCGGCCGCGGUGGCGCGCCCACCAAAGCAACAGCCAAGUCCGUCAUCAACUUCAACCUGGACCAGGAAUAUCGGCAUAACGAGGAGCUGCGGCAGUCCGGCGCGCUGGACCAGCAACAACACAAUCCCCUGCGUGCGAUCAAGCCGGGCAAGCACAGCCUGCAGCAGCUGGUAAACCAGGUGCAGAGCCAGCGGGAUGCGUUGGAGGAGAGCUUCGCCAAGAACCGGGCGACACAGAAGCAGUCUGGGGCCAAAUAUGGAUUCUAG